AAUGUUUAGAAUUUUGAUGUUGAUACUGUCAAGAGUACAAAGAUGGCGGCCAGCCCUCGUCCUCCAGGGAGCCCUAUUCCUACGUCUCCUGGCGGAACGCUAAAGCGUGACAACUCGAAAAAAGAUGCUGGUGUAUUUGGAUGGAUGGGGACAUUAUCUCGUCGGAAGAAGGCAGAUUCCGAAGUAACACAGACUGUCGAAAACCAGCAAGCAAAAUUAUCAGUAUUGAUUGGGGAGAUAAACAAGGUUCUUCUUGUGCCUCAACACAGAGCAAAGUGGACGCCAGAGAGGAUUCACUCGAAGGAUACUGUGGCUAUCCUACAUCUCCUUGUGGCUUUGGCAAGACACUUUAACAACCAGAAAAAGCUGACUCCUGAUGUCAAGAUUCACACCAUGCAUGUGCAGAAAAAAGGUGGAGUGCUGGUCCCACAGCGAGUUAUUGAAGAAAUCACUGGUCCAGACCAUGAUGAGGAAGAUGGUAGACAAGAGCGUGAUGCUUUUGACGCGUUGUUUGACAAUGCUCCAGAAAAACUUGGUGUUGUCAAAAAGUCGUUGCAGAGUUUUGUGAACAGACAUUUGGGAAAACUUAGUCUUGAAGUCACUGAUAUUGAUACUCAGUUCCAUGAUGGUGUGUUUUUCAUCUUCCUUCUUGGACUUCUGGAAGGAUUUUUCGUCCCCCUUUACCAGUUCCACACAAUUCCUAAGAGUGAUGAUGAAAAGCGGCAGAACGUUGACCUCGCCCUUGAUCUGAUGCGUGAUAGCGGGUUAAAAUUCUACGCCAAAACUGAAGAUAUUAUUAAAAGAGACCUGAAGUCUACGCUUCGAAUUGUAUAUAGUCUAUUCCAGAAGUACAAGCAUUUAAAAUGAAUUGAACAAUUCACUCGAUAAACUGGGGCCAACCCAAUAAGGCUGGGGCCUAGCCUUAAAUUUUAGAUGGAAGGCGAAUAAUACGAGGAAAGAGGGACUGCCUAGUAAUGCAGACAGAAAGAGGGAUAGCUGAGUUUCUAUAUGUUUUUAUGUAUGUUUUAAUAAUAUGAAAUAAUUGUGAAUGUAAAUGUGAAAUAAAUGGGAAAUUUAAA